UUUUGGGUUGCACAGGUUUGUCCAGGUCCGUGGGCCGGGACGAUUCAAGUAGUUGUUCAUCCAGGACCAUGGGCCAGGACAGUUCAAUUAGUGGUGUACCCAGGUCCCAGGCUGUGGAGAGCAGGUCCAUAGAUGAAUUCCAGAAAAUAGUGCUAACAAAGCUGGUGACUCUCACUGAUGAGGUCAAAAAAUUCCAGAGGAGCCUACCUAACUCUCGGAUUGAGAUAAGCAAGAUUGACACCUUGGAAGAGUUCGAGAAGGAGGAGGCUUCUCUUCUGGAGAAAAACAAAUUUGAAACCUUGGUUUGUCAGCUGGCAAGAGUGGGGGGGAAGAUGUAAAGGGCUGCACGCACAAAGUGCUCGACAGGCUCUUCACCAAUCAGCUGAUGGCCCUAUUUAAUAUGAGGGGAAGGGCAAAAAAGAAAAAAUUGCAAUUGAAGACAAGAAAUUGUUUUCAGCAAUAAAAGCUGCUGUAAUGAAAUGGGACCCAGCUGCUACAGAGGCCCAAAUAAAGUCUGCUGCAGCUGAUCAUCUAAAACAUGCCCCUGGGAGAGUCGGGGGUGGUGGCUAUAAAUAAAUAUACUGUGGACCUUAUAGCAGCCACAUUUUGUUAAUUGUUUACUGUUUUAUAGCACUUUUAUUUAUAACUUUACUGUUCUGGCUUUUAAGUUUUAUUAUGUUGUGUUAAUUUAUACUUUACUGUUCUUGUUUUAAGUUUUAUCGUGUUAUUGUGUUAAUUUUUACUUUACUGUACUGGUUUUAAGUUUUGGUAAAAUUAGUAAUUAAAAUAUAUUUUGAGAUUACAAUAGUUGAUUUCUUGGAGUGAUCAGUUUGGUUUACAGGAAAAUGGUAAGCAGUUUAUGACAAUUAUAUUGAUAAGAUAUAAAAAUGCAAGACUAGUAUAUACACUACACAGUUGUUCAAUUGAAUAUUCAAUAUUGUAAGAGCAUUAAUUGUUUGUUAUUUCUUAUUGGUUAUUCACGGUCACGUGGGCACAGGUGAUCACUUCCGUUUUCUUUAUUAUUUCCUUUGUCAGAUUGUUUGUUGGCUUGGAAGGGGCGAUGAGCGGGAGCCAACUUUCUGUUGACCGUAUUGCAUUGGUCUGAUCAUGUUUUAUAUGCUUUAAUAAAAUUCGAAAGCACGUUAAGAUCGUCAGCUUUCCUUUGAUGAGAAUGACCGAGUGUGAAUGAGUCACAAGCCCACUACCUAGCCUCUAUGUGGCGAUUGGAUGCCGCUAAUAUUAGUCAACAGAAAACGGCGCUUGUUUCAAAGAUAUUCCAUUCAUGCGCUGCAUUGGAACGCAGUUGUGGAUUGUAAGAGGCAACGGCCACGAGACGCACAGCACUUGGACCGGUAUGUGAAUCAGAUUAUUAUUUAUCUGCUUGCUGGCUUGUCUAUUGGAGACGUUAUGUUGGUUGUGCUGGCUGUGUGGCGCUGCUUAUGUUCGGAUCAAUUGAGGUCUAUUGGACACGGAGUUUGGAGUGUGUUAUAUGCAGGGCUGGGAUUUGCGCAGUUUAUUGCGUGUGAUUUAAAUGGAUUAUUGUUAAAUUGUAUGUGUCGCUGAAGUUUGAUGGGAGAAAAUGGAUGAAGAUGAGGCUGAUGCGGUUAUGGAGAGCAAAAGGGAGCGUAAGCUCUCAGCAAAGGCUUGGGAGUUAAAGAUUGAAUCGCUACAAAGGGACCGUAAAUCCAAGGUGAAUAAAAUAAAAAAAUAUGAUUGCUUCAAUGAAAGAGCUUAUGCAAAAUGAUGAAAAUUCAUCAAAGGUUUAUUCUUUAUUGGAAGCACUGAAGCUUUUGAGAGAUGAUGUCACUUUGUUGCAUGAGAGUGUGAUUCCUUUACUUCCCACAGAGGAACAAACAAAGCAAAAUGAAUGGUAUGGCUCAAUUUUACGGUUCAACAAAGGUUUCAUUGAAGAUGUGGAGAAAUGGCUGCAUGAUCUUGCAUUCUUUAAGAAAACUCUGUCUGCUCCAGCUGCAGCAGCAGUGUCUGAACAGAGUAACGAAUGUUUUGUGUCCCCUCAGUCUGCUAUAGAUGCAGCACAGACAAAGACCAUGACUGUUGAAAAUCCAUCUUUAAAUGAUCAAUUGCCUGCUGUCACAUCCUCUGAUUGUGCAAAUCCACAAAGGAUUCUGAAUCAAAGUAAGGAAUGUAAUGCAUUGCCUUGUGAUUUCUUUGCGGAUGACAUCAAGCCAACUGAUAGUAUCUCAAAUGUAUAGAGUAAAAAAUCAGGUAAAAGGAGCUCUUCUUCUGGUUCACGAUCUAGUAGAUCAUCUACAUCAUCUGCUCGUCUUCAAGCUGAAGCUGAAAUGGCGGCUUUAUUAGCCAGUCAGCAAAUGCUGCAACAGAAGCAUGCUGUGGAAGAGGAAGAGGAGCGCUUAAGAAAAAAGAAGGAAAAAAUUGAUCUUCAAACUAAAAUAGCUGUGUCUAUGGCUAAAGUUAAUGUGUACAGGUCUGCUGUAUCAGAACAAAGUACACAUUUGGAAGUAAGAAGAUCAAGAAAGGAAAAUGAUGGAAUGAUCUCCUCCAAUUCGAUAGAAGUUGCAUCAGUUCAAGUUGACACACAUGUUGAGUUACAGUCUUUGCCUGUUAACAGUUCGACAAGAGGUGCAAGAAAUAAGGAAAGUUAUUCUCAGCUUCACCCUGUGCUACAACCAAGGUCCAUAACACCAUUACAGUCAACUGCAUCAAUUAAUGCGCAGCUACCCCGUAACCAUAGUAGCGAUGCACUUGUUUCAAGACAGCCAACUGAUGGAGAACAAGGAAAUAUAUUGCAUCUUAUGGAAAAACAAAAUGAAAUCACUACUAUGUUGGUACAACAACGCAAUAUUUCAUUACUUCCUCACAGAGAUAUUGUAUCCUUUGAUGGAGAUCCUUUGCAAUAUCAAUGCUUCAUACGAUCAUUUGAGGAGGUUGUGGAAAAAAGGGCGAACAAUUAUGGUGACUGUUUCUAUUUUCUUGAGCAGUAUACCCGAGGUCAACCAAGAGAACUCGUCAGAAGUUGUCAACAUAUGGCUUCUAAGCAGGGUUACUUGAAAGGCAAAGGCCUUAAGGAACACUUUGGAAAUGACGUCAAAAUAUCUUCAGCAUACACGGACAAAGUGCUCUCUUGGAAGUCCAUAAGACCUGAGGACUCCAAGGCUUUGCAAGAUUAUCAUCUUUUCCUUAGAGCUUGCUGUAAUGCCAUGGAGGAUGUUCGUUAUAUGAAAGAGUUAAACUUGGUAACUAACAUGCAAAUUAUUCUUUCUAAAUUGCCUUUUAAGCUUAGAGACAAAUGGAGAACAGUAGUGUGUGAUUUGCAGGAAAACCGUAAUGAACCAGCAACAUUUAAAGACAUAGUGGAUUUUGUAGAAAAGCAAGUAAAAAUUGCUAUUCAUCCUUUGUUUGGAAAUAUUGUUGAAGCUCCUCUGGGAGGUCGAAGCUUGAUUCGUUCUAAGCCUAAGGGAAGUAGUUUCGCCACUACUGUCACUGUAACAGGAAUGGAAGACAUUAGGAAAACUAAUAAAGGUGUAUCCUGUCUUUGUUGUGGUGAAGAACAUUUCUUGAAUGCCUGUACUGUGCUUACCAAAAAAACCCAUAAAGAAAAGAGAUUUUCUGAAGAAAAAAGGAAUCUGUUUUGGCUGUUUAUGCACAGGCCAUAUUAGUAGAGAUUGUAAGAAGCAAAUUACAUGCAGAGUGUGUGGCUUUAAACACCCUAGUAUUCUUCAUGUUUUCCGGCAAGAUAGAACUGAGGAGCCAAAGCAAGCAGUGGGUAAUGCUCUGAUCUCGGUUCAGUCAAGUGGUCUUACUGGGGCCGGUGAAGAUGCUUGUGCUUUGUCCAUUCUUCCGGUAUGUGUUAAAGCUAAGAAUGGAACCAAGAUUGUGGAAACUUAUGCCUUCUUAGAUCCAGGCAGUUUGUCAACAUUCUGUACAGAAGGUCUCAUGAA